GCAGGUGCAAUACCCAACAUCAAGUUGAUGAAAUGGAUUGAAAAGCCCCGAAAGCAUCGAACGGCAAUAGAUAAAAGGAGGAAAAUUCACGUCAUAGAUGAUAGCAGGAUGAUUAGGAUUAAGCAAGAGGAACAGGAGGAGAAGGAUGAGGAUGCAAACUCUGAUGGGUUUACAGGUGAAGGUUGGAUGCCGGUAGGAGAGGAAGAAGAUGAAGAGGAGAACGAAGAUGGACUCUGUGAAAGGUUAACAGCUGGUGGUUGGAUGUCAGACAAUGAAGUCAUUCAGGUGGAGAUCAAGCAAGAGGCAGAGGAUGAUGGAAGUUUGCAAGACCAAACUCUUGUAGGUGAAAACAUUCUGUCAGCCAGAGAAAUUAACUCUCAAAAAGAAGAGGAAGACAAUGAUGAUGAAUUUGCACACUUUCCCACAAAGUUCUACAUCAAGCAAGAGCCUUCUGAGAAUGAUGAUGAAGACAUUGUUCCAUCGGGUGUAGAAGGGAUGAUCAACCAAGCAAGGGAUAGCUCAACUCUUACAACAAAUUUUGUGGCUCCUGAACAGCCUUCAACAUCGAAAGGAGACAUUGCUUAUGGUGAAGAGGACUCCAUAGAUUGUGGUAAGUCUAUCAACAGAGGUGAUGAAUCUUGCCUUACUGUACAUUCAGGAGGAAAACCGCAUCAGUGCUGUUGCUGUCGUUGCAAAAAGAAAUUAUGUCAGGAUGAUGCGAAUUCUUUCACAUAUUUGAGAUCAUGCACGCAGAGGAAUGAAUGCUGCUAUUGCAAACAGGAAUAUUCUUGUAAAUGUGAUCACAAAGUGCAUCAUACACAUCCUGAUUCUACACACAUUCCAGAGGGAUGCUCUGACCAACUUUACCAGACUGAUCAUCUCCAAACAGAUGUGAGGAAAAAAACAUUUCAAUGUUCACAUUGUGUGAUGUCAUUUUCUCAAAGGAGUACUUUGACCAGUCAUCUUCGAACACAUACAGGAGAAAAGCCGUAUGAAUGUUCUUACUGUAAUAAGGGAUUUUCUCAGAAAGGUAUUUUGACCAGCCAUCUUCGAACACACACAGGAGAAAAACCAUAUGAAUGUCCUCAAUGUAAAAAGAAAUUUUCUGGAAAAAAGUUAUUAACUCAUCAUAUCCGGCGACACACCGGUGAGAAGCCAUAUGAAUGCUCUUUUUGUGGGAAGAGAUUUGUUGAAAAAAGUGGUAUGAACCGUCACCUCAAAAUACACACUGGAGAAAAGCCAUAUAAAUGCCCACAAUGUAAGAAGGGAUUUGUUCAAAAAGGAAACUUGAAUUAUCAUCUCCGAACGCACACAGAUGAAAAAUCAUAUGAGUGUACACACUGUGAGGAUAUAUUUUUUCGCAGAAAAGAUCUGAAUUGUCACCUCAAAUUGCACACCGAACGAACAAAAAUAUAAAUGUAAAUACUGUUCGGAUGUUUUUUUUCAACAGGUUGAAAGAAGGUUGACUCUGUUGGUUUAUGGAUAUAUACAGAUGAACUUUAUUCACGCAGGUCAAGUGUCCAUGGUAGCUUGUGUGGAGAUAUCGAUUCUGAUGUCGUCUAUCGUAACAUCCCCCUUCUGUUAAGAUUUAGAAUUUCAUAUUUCUAUGAUAUUGUUUUCAAACAAUACAUUUGGUAGUCUGCAAAUUUUGUUAAUUUGUCUUGGUUGUAAUAUAACAGAAAAUAAUAUAUACAAAGAAUAACGAUAAUAAUUUGUGAUAAUCUGAAUACAUCUUCAAUUUUACAUAACUAUUGAUCUCGUGCAAACUGAUAUUUUGAUAACCGAAUUGAUUCUGAAAUCAAUUUCCAAACAAUAAGUUUUGGUGAAAAUAGAUUUGAUAAAUUUAGUAAACUUCACUGGGCAUACCAAAAAUAAUGUACAAAGAUUAUACAUGCAUUUAAUAAACUUUUAACUAAUCUAAUGACUUCAGUGUCCUUCUUUCUUCUUCUCUGACAGUUUAGAGUAUUAAUAAUAUUCUAGCAUUCAUUCUUCAAACAUGAAUCUUGCUGGUUUGUGAACAGCGUGUCCAGAUCUCGUAGUUUGUGAGUGUGGUGAUGGGUGUUAAGAUUGAGUAGCUCUAGACUCUGAUGGAUGGUGGAUCAAUUUCCCUUAAGUGAGAUCUGUUUCUUCUCAAAACUCCUCCCUUUGGCGUUGAUACUUCGUAAGACUUGGGCUCCUCACAGACUCUGGAUACUUUGGCUAGUAUCCAAGUGUGGUCUAUUGGAUGUAAAACUUUCACUGGCUGUCCUAUUAGAAUUCAGUGGUGGUAAAUCAGAACUUGCAUGUCGAUCAUGCACUUCCUUCAUCUUGUCUUGCCCAUUCAAAAGAAAAUCAUUGGUAGUAGAAUCUCUCGAGAAGUAGUGACUUUGCAAUGUGGUUCUGAUGGGUCAACCAAAUCAGAUUUCCGCUGGUGAUCUCAAUUUGCUAUCAACUGAUGUUGCUCUCAGGCUCAUCAUAGCUAGCUGACUGUCUUGGCGAGUCUGAGAACAGUUUGUCAACAUAUUCUUGACUGUACAAACCAUUCUCUCAGCUAAAUCCAUUGGAUCGUGGAUAAUGUGUACCGGUAGAUGAAGUGGUGUGCUUGAUAUUCCACUUCUUGCACAUGUCUUGGAAUGGUUUCCCAACAAAUGGUGGACCAUUGUCUGAUACAAUCUCUCCUGGACCAGGCCAAAUAGACUAUGAUUCCAGUCAUCUCUUUCAGUGGGCACAAUAGCUCAGUUGAUAAACAGGGAUUUCUGAUUCCAGUGACCCAUGGCUCAAUUCCUACUUGGUGUGCUUGUGCCCUUUGAUAAGGCAUUCAUCCUCAUUUACCAGGUCCCUUGGAGAAGACCUAUAAGAUGUUGGUCCUUUGGUUGCUUGCUUACAAGCAUUCUUGCUUUCUUACAAAUCAGGUAAAAAACAAAAUCACCACCAUUCCAUCUAUAGCUGCACUGGAUGUCAU